AUGUCGUCACAAGAGGAAACAUGGCGUCCGUAUCGGAAAUGUACGAUGUAGGUUGGGAAGAGAUGAGAGACAAGCUUCGGAAAUGGAGAGAAGACAACAGCAGAAACAGUGAGCAGAUAGUUGAGGUCGGCGAGGAGCUCAUCAGUGAACAUGGAUCGAAACUGGGAGAUGACAUAUGGAUUAUUUAUGAGCAGGUGAUGAUUGCAGCGCUGGACUGCAGUCGGGAUGACUUGGCCCUGACCUGUCUACAGGAACUGAGGCGGCAGUUUCCAGAUAGCCACAGAGUGAAGCGAUUAACAGGCAUGAGGCUGGAGGCUUUGGAAAGGUACGACGAAGCCAACAAGCACUACGAUGCCAUCCUCCAGGACGACCCCACCAACACGGCAGCGAGGAAGCGCAAGAUCUCCAUCCUGAAGGCUCAGGGGAAGAGUGCCGAAGCCAUCCGGGAGCUCAACGAGUACCUGGAGCAGUUUGUGGGCGACCAAGAAGCAUGGCAUGAGUUAUCAGAGCUCUACAUCAACGAGCAUGACUACGGAAAAGCCGCGUUUUGUCUGGAGGAGCUGAUGAUGACCAAUCCUCACAAUCACUUGUACUGUGAGCAGUACGCCGAGGUGAAGUACACUCAGGGGGGGCUGGAAAACCUGGAGCUGUCCAGAAAGUAUUUUGCCCAGGCGCUGAGGCUGAACAAUCGCAACAUGAGGGCCCUGUUCGGCCUGUACAUGUCUGCAAGUCACAUCGCUGCCAGUCCUAAAGUCAGUGCCAAGGUGAAGAAGGACAAUAUGAAGUAUGCCGCUUGGGCCGCCACUCAAAUAAAUCGGGCCUAUAAGCUGGCCGGCCGCGGAAACAAGGAGAACAAAUGCUCCGUGAAGGCGGUGGAGGAGAUGCUGGAGUCCAUGCAGAUCACCAUGUCCUAAAAAUAGAAAAAGGAAAAAGAAAACCCGUCACGCACACCUUUCUUCUCACCUGCCGUUCUCUCGGGGAAACAUGGCAGCUGGAACGGCCUUGUAAUGCGACCACAGCCGAGUCUGUUCGAGGGUUUUUGUUUGUUGUUGCUGUUCUCGGCUCUAAAAACCUUGUUAAUCGAUUGGAUUUGUCACAGUAAGCAUUUGAUACCCUCAAAUGAACAGCAAAAAUCCAUUUACUAAAAAGAGUUUAACCCACAGCCUGGACUGUAAUAUCUCUCCUUUACCCUAGUUUGUCUUCUUUCUUUUUUUUUUUUAAUUGAGCUAAUAUCCACUAUCCGACCCAUGAGACCCGGAGGAAACAACUGUACAGUAAAUGCUAUUUAUAAGGACACUGUGGGGAUUCCACCUGUCUGCACUGAUGUCUUCUACUGUCUGUAAAUGAAAACUUUCUCAUCAAAUAAACACGCUUUGUUUUUCCUUUUGUCAAA